AUGGGCUUAAUCAACUGGCUACGAGGUUACAUCCCUGGAUUGGCGGCGUUAACUGCACCUCUAGCAGAACUGACUGGAAAAACUGAUCGUUUCAAAUGGACUGAAGAAUGUGAAGCAAGCUGGACGAAAACACACGAAGCUUUGGAACAACCGCAUAAGCUAGAACGACCGAAUCCUGCCUGGAAAUUCAUACUCCAAGUAGAUGCCUCAGACGCUGGCAUGGGAGCCGUGCUAAUGCAACUGGAUGGUGAAGAAAAGAAGCACAUCAUUCAUUACAGCUCUGCCAAAUACCACCAGAAUGAGAAGAACUACCACGUCAAUGAAAAAGAAUGUUUAGCAAUGGUGUGGGCGAUCAAGAGAUACAGGCCGUAUCUGGAAGAUAAAGUAUUUAUCUUAAAGACUAACAACCGUGCACUGGUAUGGUUAUCCAAUCAUCGAGAUGACCGAGCGAAGCUGACAAGAUGGUCCUUGUUACUACAAGAAUUUACCUUCAAAGUGGAGCGUGUACCAGGCCGAACCAACGAGUUGCCAGAUUUCUUAUCCAGAAAUCCGACCAAAGAUCCCCAGCCCAACAGAAAUUACAUGGAAGAA